AUGAUCAUCCUGACACCAUCGGAAUUACUGCUGGGCUCUGGGCCGCUCUCCUGGGCAGCAGUAUCCCUGUGCAUAUGGCUCUCGUAUGUGUUUGCCCAAGGGCUGGGCAACAUGGGCCGCUGGGACAGGCAUCAUCUGAUAUGGGGCCUUCUCAGCAUUGUACACUUCAUGUACUAUGUGCUGGUCAUCGACAGAACUUUUCAGAGUUGGGGAGACGUGUACUACUUUUGUGGAGAGGACAUGCGUUUCUGCACCUGUGACUUCAAGUGGAACCUAGCUGGCUGGGGGAAGGCGCUUACCUUAUGGAACUUUGUCCUGUCCAGCGCAUUGGGUCUCCAAAAGCUGGCCAUCAGGGUUGGCAUGGACGGCCUCUUGCCAGGAGAGGAGGUGGUGACGAAGGAGUCGUUCAUCAGCGUGUGUUGGCGCCUGAUCCCCUACUGGCUCAACAACUGGGAGCAGCAGUGGGGCGCCGAGUGCAGCAGCAUGAUGUUUGAGCUGCCCCACUUUGCCAUGGAACUCCUGGUUGUCCUUCCCUGUGUGCAGAUUCUGUGCGCUCGGCUGAAGAUUCUGGCGAUGCCGCCGGGGAGGGCGGUGGUGGCGCAUGGGGGGGCCGCAGCGGCUGAGGUGGAGCCCGAUCUGGCGCCCUGCAUCCUGCGCGGCGGCUGGGUGCCCGGCCCUGAGCAGCGGAAGCUGAUACCGCGGCUCCGAGCAAACGUGAGGGUGUUGGCGGUGGUGGUGGCGAUAGCAGCGAUGGCAGCAAGCAACGCGCUGAUAGUGCCGCUGAGGUUGGAGCACCAGAUAGAGGCGCACGCGCGCACGCCGGCCAUCCUGGAGGGCCUGGCCGGGGGCCAGUUUGCGGCGGUGCCGCCGGAGGGGGGGCCCUGGGGGCUGCAGGGGCCACUCGGAGGGCUGGAGGUGGCCUUCCGGCAGAAGGGCUGCGACAACAUGGAGCUGCUGAGAAGGAAGCUGCAGAAGCAUGGCACGGAGAUGGCGCGGAUGCGAGGCAGGGAACACCGCGAACUGAUCCCUCUGGUGGAGAUUGCGCUCGCCAUCAUGCGCCUGUCCUGCGAGAAGUUCUUUGUCCUUAUUUCCGUGCUGGCCUCGUACCUGAUAUUCCGGGACGACGUGCCCCGCGGCGCGCGCCUGCUCAUCCGGCUCAACCACCGCCUCUCCACCCUCUUCCAACGGGUGAUCCUGUACAGUUUCCCGGCCAUCUGCUGGCUGUAUGGCGCGGGUUUCGUGUUCUCCACGUUUGUGUCGGUCGUGUUCUGGGGCGCCUCCGUGCAGCAGCUGUGGGAGUCCCUGCGCAAGCACUCCACCAUCGUGCGGCCCAUGGGACUCCAGGACGCGACGGAGGAGCAGAUAGAGCGCAUGAACAACAACUGCGCGGUGUGCUGGUCGGAGAUGGGGGCGCCCAUGCCGCGCGCGCCGAUGCUGCUCAUGGGCGCCGGCGGCCCCGGCCUGGCCGCGCUUCACGCUGUGCCGGCCCACGCGCCCGGCAAGUCGCUGCUGUGCGGCCACGCCUUUCACGAGGCCUGCAUCAAGCAGUGGCUCGUCCAGUGCCACGGGCAGGGGCGGCAGCCCACGUGCCCGAUGUGCAACGCGGUGAUAGAGCUGGAGGUGCUCUACCGUCUGCCAAUCCCCUGGACGUUGCGGCAUCACCACGCCAACGCAGAUCCUCCGCAGCCCCAGGAGCUGCCUCCACACGAGCAGGUGAAUGGCAACAUUGCGCAUCCCCAUGACAAUGAGUUCUUUGAGGUGAUGGAGGAAAUUGCUGUGGGUGGUGCUGUUGGCCACGGCAAUGACCACCUCGAAGGCCACCAGAUGUGA